AUGGCAUCCAAAACAGAAGCAGCCGUCUACACGCACGGCCACCACGCCUCAGUCCUCCGCUCUCACAGCACACGGACAGCCCUCAAUUCCGCCAGCUUCCUGCUCCCACAUUUGAAGCCAGAUAUGAAGAUCCUCGACAUUGGCUGUGGGCCUGGCACAAUCACAGUCGACCUAGCAGAAUACGUCCCGCAGGGACACGUAACAGGCCUCGAGCGUGUAGGCGACGUCCUCCCAGGUACACAAGCCCUCGCCGACUCACGCGGCAUAAAGAACAUUGAUUUCGUGGUCGGUGACGGCAACGGCCUGACCUACCCAGACGAAAGCUUCGAUGUCGUAUUCUGCCACCAGGUUCUGCAGCAUGUUGCGGACCCCAUUGGUAUGCUUAAAGAGAUGAAGCGUGUCGCAAAGAAAGGUGGCAUUGUCGCUGCUAGAGACGCGGAUUAUUCUGUUUUCAUGUGGUUCCCUGAGAUUGAGGGGUUGAGGGAUUGGCAGAAUCUUUAUGAUCGGGUUGCGAGAAAGAAUGGUGGUGAGCCUAAUGCCGGACGAUUUUUGCAUUCUUGGGCUAGACAGGCUGGGUUUGUGGAGAUGAAGCAUAGUGUUUCUUCUUGGGCUUAUGGACAGAAGAGUGAGGUUGCUUGGUGGAGUGAGACUUGGCAGGAGAGGGCUUUGAAGUCUUCUUUUGCUACUACGGCGCUUGAGGGAGGUUUAGCUACUGUUGAGGAUUUGGAGAGGAUUUCGAAGUGUUGGAAGGCUUGGGGUGAGGACGUUGAUGCUUUUAUCUCUAUUCCCAGUGCGGAGGUCGUUUGUUUCAAGCAGUAG